UCCUAAAUGUGUUGACCGCAUCUUUUAUUAUCGUAUAGAUUUCAAUCGUGGGGUUUGGAUUGAGAGUUUGAGAUUGGCGCUUCUCUCACAAUAGUGUGAGUAGUUGAGUUCGUUACUUAGCACACAACACAACCAAACCCUAAAACACUUGCAGAAAAUGGAAGAAAACGACAGAAGAAUCCUCGAGAGGGAGAUGUAUCAAAUCGAGCAGAUUCGCCAGCUCGAUCUCGAGGAAUUGCAGGUCGAAGAGGUUGACGAUUUCCAAAAUUCUUCCGACGACGACGAUAACAACAACCACCGUGAUCCUACGUUGACAUUUGCCAAAUGGGAAUGGAUCAAAAAACAGUGAAUGUGCUUGCCAGAGAUUAUUGUGAUAUUGUUAAGAGGAAGAAAAAACCCGUUAUUUUAUCCCACCUUUUCAGACAUGGUACCUGGUCUACAGCAAGGGCAAGAGAAAAUGUCAAAAAGUGACCCAUUAUCAUCCAUUUUCAUGGAAGAUGAGGAGCCUGUAAGGGAACAAUUUAGAAAGGACAGCAAUGCUAAAGAGCUACUAAAAAGAGUCAAGCUCAGCUUCGUUUGGAAUUAGUAAAAUGCAUCAAGCAAUCAUUUUGAUGUUUGCGUAUAUGUUUUGUCUAUGAAUAUACACUAAACUGAAUUUGUCUUUGGUCUGCAGGCUUACAAGGUCACCACGUAAUGUGCUGAUUAAAGACUUUAGGCAAAAAAUUUAUCUGCCAAACAGGCAUAAAAUUUUCAUUGUUAUUAAAUGCAUUUUCUUUACAUGUGAAAUAUGGCGGAUUUGAGAUAUUUUGAUAUUGGUAGGAAUUUCAAAGCGGAGUUUAGUCAAUAUUCUAAUAUUCUUGAGGGGGCAAAUAUAUCUUAGGAAUAUACUUAUAUUAUUGUGACAAUUUUAAAAAAAAUUUGUUAGUGGUGCCGUUUUGAGCUGCACUAACUGAGAUCAAUCCACCGCGAAUAGCUAAUAUAGCUGGAAAACAUAAUGUGUAUAAAUAUAAUCUGAAGCUACAAUAUGUAAACACAUCUUAUACUUAUAAUCAGGAAAAUAAAAUUUUGUA